CAUCAUUCAAGAUAAAUCACGCAAAAUUUGAAAACAGUUGUAGGCCGUCUGCUAUGUUGUCAGAAGAUUUUAAUGCUUUUAUUAAGGAGAAAGUUAAUGUAUAAGAAUUAUAUUAUAUUUUGCAAAUAUGGGGGAUUUCUUAGAUUUAAUUCAGAGUCAUUUGGACGCUCUGAAAUUUGCUCAAGACUCUGAUUCGAUCUCUGAAAAAGAAGUUUCUAUCUUAGAGACAAUACAGAAACUUCAUGAUGAUUAUUUAAACUUUGAUUUAAAAGAACAGGAAAGGGAAAUUGGUAAUGCACGAAUUUUCUGCAAUGAUGGAAUUCUUAGUCUUUUAAGAAACCUAUUGAUAGUGAAAGAGCUGAGAAAUGUCAAAUUGAAUUGUUUUAAGUUGCUGAAUGAUAUCAUUGAAAGCAGUGGUUCCAUGAUAGGAGAAUAUGGAUUUGAUAUUUUGGAAGUCUGCAAAAAGUAUAUGAAACAACGUGAUGCUACAGCAGAAGUGAAAAAGGCUAGCAUGAUAACAAUAUCAAAGAUUUUAGAAACUUGUCAUGGUUAUAAUGGAGAAAAGAGAAUUGAUGUAAAGUCUCUUAUUGAAGAUUUGUUUUUUCAACUCACUACGGGGGCAAAAUUGUCUCCUAAAGCUAAGGAAGAAGUUUUAUGCCUCAUAGGAAUCAUUGCUCACUAUUAUCCUGAAGAUUUUAUUCCUUAUCAAGAAAGAGUUUUGUCUAUGUUUUUACAAGAGCUUAAAUCUCAAAUGAGUGCAAAAGUAAAAGCUUUUAAUGUUAGCACAGUUGCUGGUUGUCUGUUGGGAUUGAAGGAGUAUCUUUAUAAUUUUUCUGUUAUGUGUUCUGAAGACACUGAAAACUCUUAUUUUAUUUUUGACACCGCACGAAAGCUUAUUUCAAACACUGAGAAAUUUUCUUCAAAGUCAUCAGCUAUAACAAGAGCUGGUCUUCAGUUGUUAGCAGCUCAUGCUAUUCAAUUUAAUGAUUUUAUUUUUGAAGAUUGCAUUGAUUUAUAUGAAGUUUUAUUACAAUGGGUGAAACAUCAUAACAGAGAGAUGCAAAAACUGGGAAAAGAAGCUGUUGUAGCUGUACUGAAAGUUACAUCUGAAAUGAUGAUGUCUCAAUAUGAUGAAAGAAAGGACGUUUGCUCUAAUAUCUUCAAGUAUUUUAUGAAUUGCUUUCGGGAUAUUUUUCUGGACAAGAGUACUACUUCUAAGGAGUUGCAGAUAGCUGUGAUGGGAUAUGGUCUCUUUGCUGGUCCUUGCAAAUUAUGUCUGAGUGAGGUUCAAGUGAAGAAAAUGUUGCAGAAUGUUAUCCAAAAAAGUGAACAUGAAUUUUUUAGUGGUGGGAAAGAUAUUGAUGAUAAAAUAGUAGGUCUGAAUUACUAUAUUGAAGCAUUAUCUUCCAUUGUGUCUGUUACAGAAUGUAUGACAGAUAAUAUCCUGAUUUCACUGGAAAAGUUAGUUGUAUUUCAAAUUGAUAAGUUUCCAAAAGUUCCUACUGCAUAUAACUUUAUUGUAUCUAAAGCUAUUAUUAGAAUGUUUCUAGCUGUUUUGCCUAAACGAGAUAUGUUCAUAGGAUUUUUAUCACAGAUAGUGUAUCAAGGUAUUGUAAAAACAUGUUCACACCCUGUUGUUGUUGAGGCAGAGGCUAUGAAAGACAGCACUACUGGAAAAGAAGAUAAUCAAAAGAAUGACAAUUUCAUUUCUGCAUCUAAAAUUAUAACCUAUAAAGAUUACCUGACUUUAUGGAGAGACAUGCUAAAUGUUGUCCGUUUCAAAGAGCUAAACUCUUUAAACAUACCUUUAGAAAGAAGGCAGUACCUAAUGGAAUGCAUUUAUGAUGAAAUAAUCAGGUCCAGCCUAAAUCUUUUAAAUAAAUUGGAUUUAUCACUUCAACAGCCUGAGUUUUAUGGAAAAGAAGAUGAUAAUGAGUCUGAAAUAUCUUGUGAUCCACUUCAUGGUGUUCAACCUAAUAAUAUGAUAGAUUAUUACAUUUUUAUAAAUCUUGUUGACUUUUUAAGGGACCUAUUGAGUCAUAGUUGCACUGAAUUGUUCUCUAAAUGGGUAUUUGUCUUUGGGAAAGAAAUGAUCUUUUAUGCUGUAAAGUAUCCUUUUCAUAGUGGAUUUUAUAAACUUAUUUCCAUGAAUUUGUCGAUUUGUUCAAAAAUUGGAUAUUUCAAGACUCUGUCUUCAAAUACUGAAGAAAUGUCUCAGGAAUUUUCAAAUGACCCUGGAAAUUUAGUCCCUCAAAGUUACACAUUAUUUUCUAAAUUUGUGAAGGAAAUUGCAGUGCAGCAUACACAAUUUAGAGAUGACUUAUUGGCUUCUUGUCUUCAAGUUAUGCUGGUUCUCCCCAUGGAAAUAGUCGCAAAAGAAAUCCACUCUUUAAUUCCAGCUCUUGAGAGUGCUUUAAAAUUGGGACUCAGCUAUUUACCUCUGGCUGAAAAAGCUGUUAAUGCCUUGGAAAAAUGGUCAACAAAUUUAGAAUUAAAUAUUUUGAAGCCUUACUUUCCAAGACUUUUACCAUUACUCAAUUCAUAUUUGCUGGUCACUGCUGCAGAAGCUGGAAGUGUCUUAAGCAAUGAGAAACGACCUACUAAAAAAGCCUACAAAAUGUCUGUGAAAAGUAUGAAACGAUCAAAUAAAAAUACAUCAUCUGAUAAUUCCUUGGAAGAUCCUGCAUUAGGACGUAUUCAGCUACAGAUCUUGAAGUAUUUAGGACAACUGGGGGAAAACAAUGUUGCCCUUUUGGAACAGUCUCACCAAAAAGUUGAUGAAGUUGCCAUUGCAUGGGAUCCUUUAUGCAAAAAUCAUUUGAAAUAUUCUGUUCCAUUUGUUGACAUGAAACCUAAUGUCUAUUUCGAUGAGUUUCUUCCACGUAUAUUAGAAAUUGCUACAAAAUCAAGUGUGAGACAAGUAAAGGUUGCUGCUUGUGAAGCUCUGCAUUCUUUAGUUCUAUUUAUGAUUGGUCAGGGUAGCAUGUUACCUGAUAAUCUCCAAGAAAAAUAUUCAAUGGAAGCAUUGUAUGAAAAAUUAUUUCCUGGUUUAUUGGAGCUGUCUUGUGAUGUUGAACAAGUUACUAAACAACUCUUUAGUCCACUUGUAUUACAAAUGAUUCAUUGGUUUACUUGUAAGAAAGUUUCUAGUACACCUGAAUCAUCAGUAAUAUUACUUAGUUUAUGGGAUGGAGUAACAAAUCCGAAAAGUGCUGCAUUGCGUGACUUUAGCGCUAUUUGCUUGAAGGAAUAUUUUCUCUGGUCUAUAAAACAAUCUUCUGCUGAGUCCAAGCCAGUUGAAAGGCUUUUAAGCAAGCUACAUAGUUUUUCGCUUCAUCCUAAUUCAUUUAAAAGACUGGGUGCUGCCUUAACAUUUAAUAGCUUGUACAAUGUCUUCAGAAAUGAAGACUUUCUUGUGCGAAAGUACACACUUCAACUGUUGGUUCUUUUUGUGGACAGUUUAGCUAUUGCACACACUGAUAGCAGUUCUUUAAGAACUCAAGAACAAUGUGUAAAUGCUUUAAAUCAUUUAGAGAAAAUUAUUGUGGUAAAACAUUCUCUUUUUAUUAAAUCUGAAAAGUCAAGGAAAAAACCUGAGUGCCUGGAAGAGGCAACUUUACAGUGUAUUGUGCUGUGGCUGUUGAAACAGUGUGGCUGUGUACAAACUGAAUGUCGCCAUAAAUGUAUGGAUUUGGUUAUUAAGUUUGCUCCUUUUAGUCCAGGUUCUCAAAACCUUUCCUCAUUUAUAAUUACAUACGAAAAUUGUGGAAAGAACAUUAUUGAGGAUGUGUUUGAAGCUAUUCUGCAAGAUAGUUUACAAAGUGCUUUAAAAAACCAAGUUUCAUACAAAUCUUUAUCAAGAUGGCUUGAAGCUCUCCAAACUUCCAUGGAAUGCUAUCAGUGGGCUUUUUCGAAGCAGCUGAUGCUACAAAAUAUGCUUUGUGAAGAGAAGAAUGCGUCAUUGAUAUCGUGCAUAAAAGUGUUCAAUGCUAUUGAACAUUUCCUUGAAAAUAUAGUAAAAGAACCACUUACAGCUUUGAUAAGCAAGCAUUAUAUUGAGGAAAGUGAUGUUUUUAUACCUGGGGAGACUCUAAAAUAUAAUCGAUUGAAAUGUACUGUUUUAAUUCGUCUUUUAAAUUUCAUCACAUCGGUGUUUGCUACUGAUGCAAAGUGGUUCCAUGAUAAGUUUCUCAAAGUUUUGUGGAAUUCAAACUUAUGGGAGUUAAUUUUGCUGUUAGUUGUCAAUCCAACUUCUUUAGGAUUUGAAAUGACGGAUCCUGAAAUCGCUACUAAAUUACCAAUGGAAGUAUCAAUUGUGGUUUCAAAACUUUCCAAAAAGUCAGAGUUCCAUGCCUUUUGUUUGGAAUAUUUGAAAUCUAAAAAUGGGUGCAACUUAGAAAAACUGUUGCCUUUAAAAUUAUCGGAUCCAAGGUGCAACUCCUUGCAAAUGACAGAACUCCUAAAUGGUUAUGAUUUACUGUUGAAAAAUGGAUUUCAUGCUAAUGACCUUUUUAAUAACCCUGACAAAAGUUUGAAUAAUUUGUUAGAUUCAAUAUGGACUGAUUCCAGUAUUUGCUGUAUUUCAAUCAAUAAAAAUAUAGCAUUGAAUCCUGCAAGUUUGAAUUUAGCUGAGAAAAUUUUAAAAGUGGCAUAUAAAAUGGAUUUACAGGUGCAAAACCUUGCUAAAGCACUGCUGGAGACAACUAAAGAAGAACAUUCUAAAUUAGUUGUUACCAAGGGCUUACUUGUUUUCAACUUAUUUACCAAUAGCAUUUCUUUGUUUGCUGCCAAAUCUGCAGAGAAUUUUGUGAAAACCAUUGCAAGUAAUUUGAACCAUCAAUCAUUUAAUGAAAUUUCAAUCCUGUUGAAGUUUAUUGAUUGUGUAGCCUGCUCUAAGAUUUUAAGAAAAAAACAUGGAAAGCAAGUCAUUGAUGCAUUCUUAAAUAAUUGGAAUUCAGUCUGUGUUUGGUGGAGAGAUCAUCCAGAUAUUGAUAGUAUCUAUUCGGUUCUUUCUUUGAUGACUAAAAUGCUUUUGAUUGAUUCAAAGGUGGCUCUAAAUGAGUCCAAUCAAUUUUCUAUGUCCAUUCUGCCAACAUAUUUGACUAUGUUGUCAAAAGAAAAUAACACCAUGGAUUUUAUUGUUCAUGCCUUGGAUAUUUUACCUUUUUUUUGUGAAAGCUCCACUAGUUCUGAGAAUAGUACAAACUUAAGGUCUCACUUAGAAGAAAUGAUGGUCAAUCACUUUCCUUUGCAAAGUACUGAAUUUGUUCCAGGGAGUUCUGCUUACCAUACUUACAUAUCUGCAUUGAAAAAUAUGCUAUCUGCUUUGUCUCUGACUGGAUGUGGCUUUCUUUUUGAAAUUUUAACCUCCUUCUUCUGUAAAGAAAGUGAACAUGUCUUGGAAGUAAAUUUUCUCCAGUGCAUUACAGAUAUGUUAAAAAGCAAAUCUUCAAGCCAUCAUCAACUUUAUGCAGAUAUUGUUUUCUCUCUUAUCAUGAAGAGUGGAUUUGACUCAAAAUCAGAUGUUUUGCUGAAGAUUGUGAAUAAAGUUCUAAUACUUGUGAUGCAAAAUAUAUCUUUAACUUCUUUCAUCAAUUUCUUUUUAUCUCACAUUAAAGAAAUUAUGAAAACAGUAAAAGAAAAUUUAUCACUGGCAUCUGGUGUAAAAGACAUUCACUUGGUUAAAAGAAUUUGUUGUUUUAAGCUUCUGGAAUUGAUGUACAGUACCUUAAACAAGGAUCUUCUUCACAGUAAAGAAUCUCAAAUUGUUGAGACGUAUUUGGGUCGGAAACCUGAAGUUGGAAAUGAACUAAGCACUGAUAUAACUAAGCUUACCUUGGAAUUCAAAAAAUUUAGCUAUGAGACCGAGCCAGAAUAUAAAGUUUUACUUCGAAAAUUGAAUUGUGCAAAAUAUUGUGCACUGAUUGCUGUAGUAUCAUGUACCCAGAAUGAACUUAAGUUUUACAAUGCAUUUCUUUUCAAAGAAAAUCCUGCUAAAAAUGAAUAUAUAUGGAAGCGAAUUGUUGAUGAAGACAUAAAAUUAACAUUUUCAAUGGAAAUUGAUGAUUCUGUUGCAAAAAAGAAUAAAUUUCUUGCAAUAAGACAUCAAAUCAGAAAAGUGUUUGAUAAUGAUGAGUCUGAAAGAGACAUAUCUGGAUUUCAGUCCUCUUUACAAAUUUUUGGAUCUGAAAACUUGGAACUUAGCAGUUUAGCUGAAGAUGUUAGUAAAUUUGUUUUUACAACAAAUGAGCAGAUUUUUAAACCGGAAGGAAUAAAUGAGCUGAAUAAAAGUGCAGAUAAUAUGUCUUCAAAGAAUACAUAUGUUGCUGAUUACCUUGAACUUGAUGAUUUGCUGAAUCAACAUGAAUGCAUGCUGAGUAUGCUGUCUCUCAUUAGAAGUAUGAAAAACAAGAGCUUUAUAUCAGACGAAAAGGCUGGUGCACCUCCUGCUUGGUUGUCUGCAAUUGUUCAGAGCUUGGAAGACAGGAAAUCAAGUGAUAAUGUAAAAUUGUUCUUGGGACGUUUUAUUACAAAUAAUGCAGAGCUGUUUCAACCUUAUGCUGAAUUUUUGAUGGGACCUAUAUUAAAUUUAAUAGUUUUAGGCACAGCAGGAUUUAGUCUAAAUUAUUUUAUUUUGGAUGUUAUAAUAACCACUCUGUCAUGGGCAUCUGUUGCCAUUCCUCAGGGUAAUGAUAUGCUGAAGGCAUCUGAAGUGUUAAAAUUUGUUAUGAUGAAUAUUGAACACUCUAGAAGAGAUAUAUUUCGAAAUAACUUAGAAUUGGUUAAGACAAUUUUAGAAUGUUGGAAAUCCUUAAAAAUACCAUACAAUGUAAUUUAUGAGAAAAUGAGUGAUUUUUCUCCAGAAAGUAAACAGAAUCAUUUUGGAAUACAAUUGUUGGGUGUAGUUUUAUCUUGUGAUUUUCCUCCUUAUGAUCUUCAAGAUGAAGCAGAAGGAUACAGUUUUCUCACUACACUCUUAAAGAAUUUAUCCAUGAAGUACAAAGAAGUAUAUGGUGCUGCUGCAGAAGUGAUUGCCUUAACUCUUCAAUAUAUUUCUAAAUCUGAGACAGAUAUUUUGAAGAACAAAUUCUUUUUGAAAGUUUCUCAAGUGCUGGACACAAUGAAGCAUAAAGAAGAGAGCAAGUUUCUUUACUGUCUCAAUAAAAUCCAUUCUUCCUGUCCAAAAAUUGCAAAUAAGUUUAUUCCUCAUCUGUUGUUUUUGUAUUCUCGAGUCCAUGGAAUCUACAAGAACUACAUAUUAGAAAUUUUUUACUCAAGAGUACUAGAGUUUGAAAAUAGUUAUCAAGAACUGAAGCAUAUUGGUGUGUUUGAAAACUUAGAAAAAAAGAAUGACAUCAUUCAACACUUAUCACUUCAGACACUAGAGAAGCUUGUUCCUAAUUUAUCAUGUGAUGAUAUUUUGCACAUAUUGCCAAGCAUUGUUGGAAUUCAUACUCAACCAAAUUCUCAUAGUCGUCUUGCAUUAUUUAAAAUUUUAUUUCUACUUUUUGAAAAAUUUAGUGACAGUUCUGGUGCUAAAGAAAAAGAAAUCACGAGGUAUUCUCGGGAAACCUUAUUAAAUGGCCUUGCCGACCCUGAUCCUUCUAUUCGUCUUAUAGUUGAUAACUUUUGGAGUAAUGAAAAGAGAUUACCUUUGGGCACCGUAGAAAGAUUGAUUGCUCUCAUGAAAAACAUGUCCUCACCAGUUACAGAAGAGUCAUUUUUGCAAUACUCCACCUUCCUUCUAUUAGAAAGAACUUCAUACAGUCCAGAUUACAAGAGAAAAAUUUUCGAAUAUCCAUUGUCUCAGUGUAACUUUCAGGCUUACAAAAUACAAACAUCUGCUCGUAAAAGGCAUAUGGCUAUGUCACCUCUUUUUACAGAAACAGCGACUAGUUCAAUCUAUUCUAGUCUUAUGUCUUUAGAUGCCUCUGAUUUAACUUCCUUUAGGCAUGAUUUAAAAUUAAAAGCCACUCAAGUCAACAUUGAUUUUCCUGAAACAUUAGAUGUUAAUGAUGAUGUUAAAAAAAGAGAUACAUAUAACUGGCUGACAGAAAAAAGUUUAGAUACAUUUGCACCUCAAAUGUCAUCAGGUGAUUCUGGCUACAGUAGCUUUACCAACUCUCCAGUCAAGACCCAUCUUUUUGCAUUGAAAAAUGAAAACAAAUCUACCAAAACCAAAUUUCAAAUAGAUUUAGAUGAAAAUGAGAAGAACAAAGAAAAAAAAUCAACUACUUGGAUGUUGAAAAAAAGAUUUCUGAAAGACAAAGCAAAUUCUGAAGUUUUUGCUCGCCAAGAGCUAAGACGCCAAGAUAGGCGAAAAGAAAUUUUGAAAGAUCAGCGAAGUCAUAGGGAUGCACAAGUUACAAUGUAUCGUCAGUAUCGUAUAGGAGAGUUACCUGAUAUUGAAAUCAGCAAUUCAGCAAUUAUUCAGCCUGUGCAAGCUCUAGCAAUGAAUGAUGUCAGUAUUGCUAAACUUUUAUUAAAAUCACUUUUGUCUGCCAUAUGUACAUCAGUUAAAGAAGAUUUUCCAGAAGGAUUUGAAGCUUUUUGUGCACAAAUUGGCUCUUGUUUUGAAAACAUUCUUCAAAAAAGCUAUUUGUAUUUCCCACCUUUAAUGUCCUUUUGUUUGGAAACCUUGAAUGAUUUCCCAAAUAUAAGGUUUGAUGUGGAAACUGUGUUCAAUGCUUGUAUUGGAAGCAGUCAGCAAAGUAUAGGAAUAUUGUUAUUGGAGACACAGUUAUUGGACGGUCUUACAGUUGAACCUAAGCAAAAGAAAAUCCGUCAUGAAAAGCACAUUUUUACUCAAGAAUCCAACUAUUGGAUGAAGUUAGCUGAAUUAUAUAGAUCCAUAAAUGAUUAUGAUGUUGUGAAUGGAAUUUUUUCUUUGACAAUGGGCAAAAGAGACGACAACAAAAGAGCUCUGCAGCAUGAGUGCUUAGGACAGUAUUUUGAAGCUGCUAUGCUCUAUAAUAAGCUAUAUGAAGAGGCAUCAGAUGAGCAUGAUCAGGCUGAAAAAGAUUUUUGGGACAAAUCUGUUUUGAAUUGCCUUAAUAAGUUAUCAAAAUGGGAGAAUUUGGAAAGUGCUGCUCAAUCUCGCUUUAUGAUGGAUGAAUCAACAAGUCUAUUACAAAUAUGGGAAGAUCAAUACAUGAAAGAUGUUUAUUUACCAUACUUAGUUCGUUCCAAGUUAAAACUGCUUCUAAAUGGCAAGAGUGACCCAUCAUUACUAAACUUUUUUGAUGAAUCCCGUAAAGAUGACGAGAAUAAAACACACUUAGAGAUUCAUUUCAAUGAAGAAUUAGCAUUACUAUAUGUAGUGCAAGACAAGUUUAAAAUUGCUCGGCAGUACAGUUCAUCUUGUUUACACAAAUUUCUGAAGGAAUGGCAAACCCUAAGUCAAGUAGCUUUAGAAAUGCAGCACUCAGUUUUGCAAAAUUUGCAAAAAUAUGUUGAGUUAGAUGAAUUUUUAAAUUUAAUAGAUCGAAACAACUCCUAUCAAUAUAAAUCUGCAAUAAAAACUUUAAAGUACUGGCAAAAACGACUACCUAAUGCAAUUGAUCCAGUUGACAUAUGGGAUGAUGUAAUUGCAAAUAGACAAUUGUAUAUACAGAAAUUGGGAGAUAAAUUCGGCAAUCAAGUUGAAAAAAUGGAAGUUUCAUUGUCUGAUAGUUUGAAUAAUGACAGCAUACAUGAAGAUGAUUUUAAAAGGAUUGCUUUAAAUACAUCAGUUCACAUGAAGAUACGUUUUGCUGAAAACUGUGCUGCAAAAGGAAAUUUUCCAGUAGCAGUAUCCACUUUGAAAAAUAUAUAUAGAGAUUCUCGUUCUCUUGAUGGAUCGACCUGGUCAAAAUUCAUAGAAGCUUAUUGUUCUGUUAACAAUCAAAGAGUAUUGCAAUCUCACUCAGAGAAAAGCUUAGAUAUAGCUGUUGGUUCAUAUAAACAAUUAGGUGAGCUAGAGAAGAGAUGCGGUUCAGGUGUUUCCCAAAAAAAAUUGCUUAGUGAAACUUUAGAGCUCAUUGCUAGAAUGUUUAUGAAAGAUAAAAGUUUAUUUGAUACUAUUACAAAUGAAAACAUGGCUGUUAUUUCAUCCUUAUCCAAUGGAAAAUCAGAUCUAACAGAGAUAGUUUCUGAAAUUCUAGACCAAAGCUAUUCCUCUUUAAAGAAUAUAACCAUGGGUACUUCAGGUCUUGCUAACCCUGUAAAUGACACAAACAGAAAAAGUGUUGCUGCUGCACACAUGGAGUUAGCAAAUUUUUGCAACCGAUACUUGUGUGCUGAAAAUGCCAAAAAUUUUGAUCUUAAAAAGAUUCCAUCAUUCAAUGAAUUCCCGAGAAUUCUUAUCGAAUCCCUUCUUGAUGCUUUGAAGUAUGGAUCCACAGAUGCUCAUCUACUCUUUCCCAGACUUCUACAAAUCAUUGAAAAUAAUCCAUCUUGUCUUCAAGUGUUUGAGGAAAAAGUUUCAAAAAUGCCAUGUUGGUUGUUUAUUGGAUGGAUUGAUCAAAUGGUUGCCUUAUUAGACAAACCAGAGGCCAAAGCAGUUCAAUGCAUUAUUGAAAAAAUAGCUCUCACCUAUCCCAAUGCUAUUAUUUAUGCAUUUCACUUAAGUUCUGGAAGCUAUAAGUUUUCAAAUUCGAAAUCAGAUAGUUCUAAUAAGAAAUUUGUUGAUAAAAUAAAAGCAAUUCUGGAAAAAGAAACAUUGAUAACUGAUUUUGUUACUGCUCUUGAUCACCUUAGUGUUCCCUCAGUAAUUUUCAAGGACUAUGUGAAUGAGUUAGUGCAAUCAGUAAGUGCUAAAACUUCUGCAGACAAGGUGAAAGAGAUUUUUACUAGAAUAAAUGAUAAAUUAUUCAAUCCAAAUGCUGCUGAAAAAAAUAGAAGAGUUACUAUAGGACCUCUUCAUAAAAAAUUUUCAGAAGAGUUUAAAGACAAGUUUCUAGCAAUCUGUGGAAAAGAUGGCUGUAAGCUAAUGAAGGAGAAGGAGUCUAAGGUAGCUUUGAAAGCUUUAUCAGACUUAGUUGCAGAAGCUAAGAAAAAGGAUAAAAAAUUAUCAAGUUUAAAAGAUGCCUCUCCUUGGCUAUAUGAAUUUCAGCAAUGGAAGUAUUCUUCUCAAAUAGAGAUUCCUGGUCAGUACACAGGAAGAAGUAAACCAUUGCCAGAAUACCAUGUGAAAAUAGCAGGUUUUGAUGGAAAGGUUUUGGUUUUAUCUUCAUUAACUGCUCCUCGUCGUAUUACAAUAAGAGGCAAUGAUGAAAAGGAGUAUAAAAUUCUUGUGAAAUCUGGUGAAGAUUUAAGGCAAGAUGCUCGGAUUCAACAAAUGUUUUCUGUAAUGAAUGAAAUCUAUGCCAAAGAUGUAAAUUGUGCUCAGCGACAUCUUUACCUUAAGACUUAUAAAGUAGUUCCUUUAAGUACCAGACUUGGUUUAAUUGAAUGGGUAGAUAAUACUACUGUGUUAAAUGACUUCUUGAAUGAUGGCAUGUCUGAAACAGAAAGGAAGCAAUUUUAUAAGCGAGAUGGAAAUCUUGCUCAGUCCGAAAUCUUGCAGUGGGACAGAAAAGCAGAAAACAUUGCUUCAAUGUACCAUUCUUUUUACAUGAAGAAAACACGUGAGGAGUGCAUUCAAAAAUAUGAAAAAAUUGUCAAUUUUGUACCAAAAAACCUCCUCAAAAAAUCAUUUCUGAAACUUAGUUCCUCCCCUGAAGCUUUCAUAGCUUUGCGUACCAAAUUUGCUAAGUCUCAUGCUGUGAUAUGUAUUUCUCAGUGGAUAAUUGGUAUAGGAGAUCGUCAUUUGGGCAAUUUCUUAAUUGACAAAACAAGUGGAUGUGAAAUUGGGAUUGAUUUUGGUCAUGCUUUUGGUUCAGCUACUCAAUUUCUACCUGUGCCAGAGCUAGUUCCUUUCCGAUUGACUCCUCAAUAUCUUCAGCUUAUGGCUCCACUCAAAGUGAAAGGAAUCUAUGCGGCCACUAUGAUUCAUGCACUUAAAGCUAUUUCUACCAAACGAGAUUUGUUAUUAAAUGUUAUGGAUAUAUUUAUAAAGGAACCAACACUAGAUUGGAUGAAUUUGGCCAAUAAACAGAAGCAAAUUAUGGGAACACAUAAUGAAGGCAAAGAUGAUUGGUUUCCUAGGCAAAGAAUAUUAAUUGCUCGCAAGAAAUUGGAAGAAUUUAAUCCUUGCUAUAUUACAAGAAAAGAACUUGAACUUGGACAUUCUAUGCGACCUUGUUUCCAAAAUAUGGUUUCUGUUUGUAUUGGAGAUGCAUCUCACAAUCUACGGGCCCAGCUUAAAAAGUCUGGAUUAUCAGUAGAAGAAAAGAAUGAAUCUCUUAUUGAUCAAGCUACAGACCCGUAUCUACUUUGCCUUACAUAUUUUGGGUGGAAUCCUUGGAUGUAAAUAUUGUUUGUUUAAGAUUAAGAAGAUUGUUUUCAUUCAUUUUAACUUCGAAAAUUUUCAUUAAUUUAUUCAAUGUUGAUCCAUUGUAAUUCAUAAAUUUUUAAAAUAUGUAAAUAUUAUUUUUUUAUUCUUUAAAUAUAUUUUACAUCUUUUGUAUUGUCUUUACUUGGGUAACUUUAUUUGUUUGUUUGUCCCAAUCAUAGUUAUU